GACGGUAUCCAUGGAGCCAGCAAAUCCCCAAGCAGAAAAACUCAUAAUAUGAUCUAUUAUGAUAUCAUGAAUUUUGGUCAGUGUGUACGGAGAUUCAAUGCCACGCAUCAGAUCGGCUGUACCAGUGAUUUCAAUGGGAACAAUGGAGUCCUCCAUCUCAUAGAAAAUGUUGCUGAUAUAAAUUGGCUGUUGGUUAAUGGAACAUACACUCCCUACAUAGCGUUGAUGACGCCACAAAUGUUUACAUUAGAAAAUGUGAGGAGGUUACUUGAUUCAGGGAAGGUGAAUGGGAUCAUGGUGGAUCACUCAGACCCUAUGUCAAUGAUCAGUGACGGAAUACCAUUCUCACCAGACAAAUCAUGCCCCAAUGAUAACUAUGGAAUGUAUGCUGACAAUUCUGAAUAUUCUAACUGCCAAAAGGUCUUAUGGAACACUGAUGGAAAUGGCAUGAGUUUUAUGGAUCUAGGAAUUCCUGUGUUUGCUCUCACAAACUCUGAAGAUGUGCAGACUGUCAAAGAUUGUUAUGAGGAGCACAACAGACCAGAUGCCCAGGGAAAAGCCAGACCCUACCCACAGUGUGCCGGUGAGAUGUAUGAUUUCAUGUUUGGAGCAAAGGACACGCCCACUUGCAUGUGGAGAACACAAAGGAUUACAAAUUUGGAAUCAAGUUUCUACUGUGAUCCUCUGGGAGAUUGGAAUGUCUGGGCCACUCUUGUACCCACCAACAAGUCAAAUCCUCUUGGGGAUGAAUCAAUGAUUAUAGCUGCAGCUCAGCUUGAUGUGGCGGAACUUUUUUACUCACUAUUCCCUUCACAAGGAGCGGAAAACACAGUAUCCGGUUUUGUGACCCUACUCGCUGCAGCCCAGGCAAUCGGAGCACUUCCUCUAGAAAUCAAACAAGACAUGAAAAACAUCAUGUUCACGUUCUUCCAAGGUGAAAGCUAUGAUUACAUCGGAUCAUCGCGUAUGGUGUACGACAUGAAGAAAGGAGUCUUUCCCUUUAAGCUUGACGAGAAGAACACACAGCCUUCCCAGGUCAACCUGUCGACGGUUGCUGCAGUGUUAGAGGUGCGACAGCUUGCCUUGUCAGAGGGAGACAACUUCUACAUGCACAUUGACCCGUUGUCACAGUCUGAUGCAUCUACCCAACAGGGUACUGAGAGACUGAUGCAGCUGUUGAAAUCCUAUGCAGUGAAUGUCACCAUGAACAAUGUGUCCCUGGACCAACCGCUUCCACCAGCUUCUUUCCAGCAGUUCUUGAGGAAUGGAACGGACAUACCAGGGGUAGUCAUCACAGAUCAUAAUAUGGAAUAUAAAAAUAAGUAUUACAACAGUCGUCUGGACAUUCCUGAGGCCUUUGGGAUCAACUUUACUGAAUAUAAUAGCACGGAUUAUUUACCGAUCUUCCCAGUGGCACAGACCCUUACAGGCUUAGCCACUACAAUAGCAAGAAGUCUUUACUUGUAUGCAAGACCAGGCGCUAAUGCCUCCAUACUAGUUGCUGAUGUCAACCUGGUAAACGAUCUGUUAUAUUGUUUUAAUGAGAGACCAAACUGCAGUCGAAUUCGAGAAGCAGUCAGUCCUGAUGAUUGGAAAAGUUUAUCAAACAGCGCCUAUAGCUAUUAUGUAGGAGUUGACGGUCACCAUUCUUCUGUUACUAUCCUGGUUGGUAAACUCCUUAGUUAUUACCUUGGACUGGACAAAGAACCAAUGACACAGGAUGCGGCAAAGGAGAACUGUAAAGACGGUGAAAAUGAUCAGAUAUUGAAUUACCACUUCGUAGCUGGUCCUGACUUCAAUGGCACACAUGGCUUAUGUGUAAAGAGCACGCAGCAGAUUGCUCCUGCUGUCUCACCCGCGUUUGAUGCUGAUAAUCCUGACUGGAGUUCAACGAUCUACUCCACGUGGACCGAGUCACAGUGGGGUUCUUACAGGAUAAGGGCUUUCCUAAAACCAAGUAGAAGUCAAGAGACGGUAACUUUCUCAAUGGGAAUGAUCGUGCUUAUAGUAUCGUUAACCAGUGCGUAUUUCCUGAACAAGCGAUCUGAUGAUCUGUUUCCAUAGCAACCUACUCUUCCUCACCGUAAUCUCAUCAGGACCAAAGUUUGUAUAUUCAAGGGGGGGUUGCAAAGCUAUAAUUGAAAUUACGCAUGAUCUGACAAACAACUUUGUUAUGAAGUAGUUAAUUUAUGCUCGAAGCCUUUCUUUGGUAAUGAUUCACAAAGCUGGUGGGUGUUUUAUUUAGGGCCAUUCUUGGUCACAUGUGUAACUGAAUAUGACAAAUCUCGACUUUCAUUAGUUAUAAAUCUAACAAAAAUAGAGAUUUAUAACUAAUUAUGAUGAUUUUGAAAGUUUAAUUUCAUUUUAAACUUCACAGGAAUUUGAAAAUUCAAUUUAACUGUCAAAAUCAAGCUUCUGUGUGAAGUCACACACGUGAUCCACUUCUUUUGACCUCUGACAUUGAGCCUGCAUAUUGGAGACAGCAAAAAAUAUCUCCAAAUGAUGGCUGACUAAACAUGUUAAUGUUAUAUAACAUUUGAAUUACUAAAUCAAUAAAAAUUAUUUUUAGAUUUGUAACUAAUUAAAGUCAAGGUUUGUCAUAAUUUUGGUCACACACGUGACCAAGAAUGGUCCUUUAGCUGUUUGUAAUGUUAUGCAUGACUUUACGCACGACUGGAACAUGUUCUUAGGUGCCAAGUCAGAUACAUAAGGAUAUAUCAUAUAGCGCAAGAUAGGGUCACCAGUCAUGACUGGAACAUGUUCCUAGGUGCCAAGUCAGAUACAUAGGGAUAUAUCAUGUGGCACAAGAAAGGGUCACCAGUCACGACUGAAACAUGUUCUUAGGUGCUAAGUCAGAUACAUAAGGAUAUAUCAUGCAGCACAAGAAAGGGUGACCAGUGACCAGUUGGUUCCAUGGCUUAGGAGUUGCAUAGCUGAAUGCGCAAUCUCCAAUCUAACUAUAUUUUAGAAAAAGUUUUUUUUUCCAUCAGCAGUCUGAAGAGAUACAGCUCUACCUUUGCCUUAUUACACAAAAGUGUUUUGUUUUAUUUGCCAUUCCUGUUUGAUACAAAUAGUUUUCUUUGAAUGAUAAGGUGUGUCAUUCAACAUGAAACUUACAUCACCUCGCACAUGUGUGAGUGUAUGAGAGAGAGAGAGUGUGAGAGAGAGAACAAGAGAAGAGAAAGGGAAGGAGAUGAUAAAAAGAAGUUCAUUGGACUUCGAUCAUAUAUUUUGCUAAUGAUAUGCAUCAUGUUUGAAUCUGUAUUUAAUGAUUUGUAAAUUAGCACUUACGUUACAUUACCAUAAUCUCUAUUGAGUGCAAUAACAUACAAGCGUUUUGAUGUACAUGUACAAUAAAUCAUUGCAAAUUUUCAAUAGUAUACAUGUAUGUGUUUUUUUUUUUUUUUUUUUUCAAGAACGAAAGUUAAUUUGCACUAGUUAAAAAAAGAGAAGAUUUUGAGAAAAAUCUUUGAUGAAAUAGCCUUGUUCAGAUGUGAUACAACUGGGGAGUGAUCCAUCAAUAUUCUUGUCCGACAAGUUGACAGAUCUGACAACUUUCCUUGAAUCCGAUUGGCUGAAAGUCAAUGUUACUAUGGUAAAUGUCGGAUAAAACAGGACUUGUCAGAUAAAACUUCUGACAAAUCCUUUCAUGAAACGCUCCCCAGAACUUUGCAAUGUUUUCCAUAGUGAUCGGAUAAUGGGGAGACAGUUGCAGACCAUUUAGGAAAUGGAGUCCUAUUGACUUGCACAUUAUAAUCUGCCGUCAUGCAAGCCCUGCAGACUAGUGUGAUAAAAAUGCAGCCGAACUCUGGAUCGUCAUGUACACGUACUUAAUGUUUUUUAAAUUUUCUAUACUAAUCAAUAGCCCUGAGUUGUAGACUUUUACCAGGUCUCAUGAUUUUUUUCACAAACCUAACACCCUAUAUCACAAAUUUAUGUUUAAAAUAAACUUCUUGGUCCUCGGUCUCUACCGAUUUCCCUGAAAGAAAGAAAUUUUUUAUCGUCUUGAACCAUUACAAAUUUGAAAUUUAUGCAUAUUAUAUUACAUAAAAUAUGGGGUAGCUGCGUGUUUAAAUGAUGUCACAUCAAAAACUUGACAUUCUAAUACAUUUCCUAACCUUUGAUGGAUUUUCCUCAAACCUUCAUGAUUUUUUUUCGGGUGAUUUUACUACAAAAUUUUCUUCAGGGUUAACCUCCCUUUUGACUAUGUUGCCAAGCUUUGUAGUGUUAUGUCUGAACAAGGGUAUUUUAUGUCUUGAAUUUAAAAUGUUUAAUCAAGUGAUGGUGUGCUUGAUAUGUAUGCAAAGCCAUUCAGAUACAUGAGUAAUCUUUUAAACAUUGGUACAUCUUGGAUUGUUUUGGCACCAUUAAAGGGGGAUUCCUUUGUAAAAUUUAAGUGAUUUCCUGUCUUGUUGAAAAGGUGACAAUUGCACUGUUUUCUCUAAAACUUUGUCCUUAAGGUCAACAAAUACUAAGUACACACAAUUGUAUGUGUAAUAUUGCUGCAAAACAAAGGUGUCACAUUCUAAUGAUAUGUUGAAAAAGAAAACAUACAGUAUUAUGAUUUCAUGUAUUUCAAUUCAAUUUAUACCGAACGGUAAAGUUACAGCUCGAGUUUAUUCCUCUGUAUUCGAUAUUUUAUAUGUGUAUGCAUGUAUGUUAUUCUCCUUUAUUUAAAUGCUUACAUAUGGGGGAAAUGAGAAGAAUUGGCCAAAGUCUCGACUAACUUUUGAGUUGAAUGUACCUUUAUAUCUCCAAAUCUCAAAGUAGCCAAGUUAUUUAAAGUUAUGUUAUAAUCACACCACUGAGACAAUUUGCUUCUGACCAGCGGUGUUCAAAUGGACAUAGCGUAAUAGCUUUCGUCGGGCUGGAAUCUGUUUUAAUAGUUUGACAUCGGCAUUACGUUUUAUUGAGGUCAUAUUGCUGGCAUGUUAUGCUUUGUUUCACCAUGUACAUGUUGGGGGGAAUGUCUGUGUAAAAGUGUUUAAAAUAUUACACUGUUCAAUAAUCAAUUAGUUUGCUAGUGCAAUUGACGGAUGUGCUUCUUUACCCUUUGGAGCAGGGUUGGCUAUUUUCCAGGAAAUUUAGGUAUUUCCCACCUUGGUGCAAAAUACAGUUAAAAACUAGUAAAUGCUGGGAAGUACUAGGAUGAAUAGGGUGGUACAGGGAAAUGCUAGAAUAUGCUUGAGAAAGACCUGGGCAAUGCAUUUAUACAUUUUUCAAUUUUUAUCAACCAUUAUUGAGACAGUAUUUUCCAGUGUAAACCACUAGUAUUUCCCACUCCAGCCAACGUGGGGUCGGGGACUCCAGGGUCUAACAGCAUACAGUUUGUCUUUUAUACAUUGCAACAACUUUGAAGUAGCUUCCUCCAUAGUUUAAUAUCACGAUCAGAAAUUCAUCUUUGAUAUUUUGUGUAAAACUUAUUGAUUAUGACGAGAGGUAAUAUAUUAGCUUAAUUUAUUUAUUUUAGGAGAUGUAGAUAUUGUAACUAGAAUCAUAGUAUAGAGCACAGAACAGUGUAAGGGCAUAUAUCAUGCUCAUGAAGAACAUUCCCCUUUACACUGCAAAAACUCUGGUGUUGAUUUAACACCAGCCCGGAAUCUAUAUAUGUCCACACCAGAGAAGUGUUAAACAACACCAGUUUCCUUUUGGUCUAACACCAGAUAGGUGUUUAUACAACACCAAUUCGUAUUAAAAAGCAUCAGUUUGAUUCCAAACUGGUGUUGUUUCAAUACUUCUCUGGUGUGGACAUAUAGAUUCCGGGCUGGUGUUAAAUCAACACCGGAGUUUUUGCAGUGUAAUAUUGCAUUAUAACAAAUAUUACUUGACAUUAUCAAAGGUUGACAAACAGAAGGUUAAGACAGUGUAGGUAUUUUAGGCCAUUUUGAGAUUUUGAAGAGAAAAAAAAAUCAGUAACAGUUUCUGAAAAGUUGUGUAAAGAACUUAAUUUGUGUUUUUCAUAAACCAUCUGUCUGAAUUGCACCCUUAUUGUGACAUCACUCAUUUGCAAGCUUCAAUUGUAUUUAAAGUAAAGCAAUAUUUCUCUGCAUGUCUAUAGAUUUGCUUGUUAGUAAAAACAAUCAUUAGAUUAACAUUUUUUUUCUCUCUCUGAAAACUUUUUUUUUUAAAUUAAAGCCUUCUGUUUGUGAACCUUUGAAUAGUCUUUGGUAUUAAACUAAUGUUGCUUUCACAUCAAGGUACGGUCGCUGCGACCGUACCCAGCGACCGAUUAAAUCAUUAAUCAUGAUGUAAAAGCAUUUUAUCAUACUCAGCGACCAAUGCAAGCUUGAUGUGAAAGCACAUCGUACUCAGCGACCGAUCAAAAUGCCCUAUUCAUCACUUGUGACAUCAAUGUGCAUAGUGUGAAAUAUGCGCUGAUCAUGAUACGCACAUACUUACAGUUACCGAUCGCUCGGGGCCUGACCAAAUUUUGAUGGUACCUUGAUGUGAAAGCAGUAUUAGAUAUCUCAAAUAGACAAUGGUGUUGGAAGCAUGAUGUGUACUUUUGAUAUGUACCGUAAGCAUUGCACUGUAUUUAAGCUGUAGUUCAUAGGUAAUAUCAUUUGACAUUACAA